GAGAGAGAGAGAGAGAGAGAGAGAGGAGGUGAGUGAUGUGGUAUGCUGAGAAUUCAGCUUGAACACGGGAAGUUACGGUCGUCACGAUGCCGCUGCAGUCUCUCUCUCAGCGCUGAAUUGAGUUUAAACAGACGCUGCUGUUGCUUCGGUGAAGACCUCGUGAUUGGAUGAAGAGAGAACCUUUGAGUACCAGUAUGGACCCGCUCCAUCCUGGAGUUACCCACAAUCCUUAGUUCUCUGAUCUGCAGCUGAGUCCACUGAACCCUGAAGCGUGACCAGCGCCAGUACACGACUGACCUGCUGUCAGGCGAUCCAUCUCGUGCCACGAUGAUGUCAGUAGACGUGACCAAUCACAACGGCCCGGCCGCCACGCCCCCCACCUCCCUCAGCCUCCGCUCCUCCCACAACCAGCUGCUCGGCGGCGACGUCGUCAACAAAGAGGGCGCCGACACGCCUCCCAAGUGUCGCAAGAAGUACGCGCUCACCAGCAUCCAGGCCGCCAUGGGCCUCGGGGACGCGGCGCCCGCUUCCUCGUCCCCUUCCUCGUCGUCGUCCCCGUGCUCGACCCCCAACAACCCCAAACUCGCCAAGAACGGGGCCAACCAGCUUCGCAAAGCCGGUCACGACCACAACAAGAACACGACCGGCCCCGAGCCCGCCGACCCGGAGUGUCACCUAGAAACCGCGGCGGAUGAUCCCAACGUCAACACGGCCGAGGAGAGCGACAGUCACACGCUCACCAACAACGAUCGAGAGGGCGAGGUCGUCAAGUUGGACGUCGUCGAUCUGCGCCCGGACGCUAACAGUGACGCGGAUCCCGAGCUCAAAUCUGAGUCUGACAUGAACACGAGCGUGGAGCUCACGCUGAACGGAAACACGACAGAUUCAGGCUUAGACGCGGAGGAGAACGACGACAUCAGCAUCCUGUCGGAGAAGGAAAUGAUGUCGAGGAUGAAGAUCGAGGAAGACGGAGACGAGGCGGCGGUGGAGCCACACGAGGAGGAGGAGGAGGAGGAGGACGAGAAGAAGCCUUUGCUGAUGAUGAUGAUGAGAAGCGAGUCUCCCGUGAAGAAGCACAAAGUGUCUUCAGGUCUGGAGCUCAUCUCCGACCUCCACUCCAACAUCAAGCUCCUCAAAUCAGGCAAGGACUCUCCGGUGCCGCCGCCGCCCUCCCCGCCCAGGAAGACCAGCCCACCGGAGGAGGACGCGCCGCUCCUCUCCGUGGCCUCCUCCUCGUCCUCGUCCUCGUCCUCCUCCCCGGAGACCAAGAAGGACAGGAGGACCGGAGCCAAGACGGACUGCGCUCUGAACCGCAUCCAGAAUCUGAACCCGAGCGACGAGGAGUUGAGCUGGACCACGCUGUCGCAGGAGAGCAACUCCCCCGAGGAGACAGAUAUUUGGAGCGAGCAGUCGUUCCAGACGGACCCCGACCUGCCUCCGGGAUGGAAGAAGAUCACAGACAUGGCCGGUAUCUACUACUGGCAUAUCCCCACAGGCGCCACCCAGUGGGAGAGGCCCGCCACCCGCCCGGCGCCCGCUGGACAGACGGAGAUCCAGACCCUGGAAGACCACACGGCCUCCACGCCCCGUAAACACUCCCUGAGCUCCCUCAGCCCCUCCCCCACGCCCGACCAUGAGUCGUGCCAGGCCGAGAUCUUCUUCAGGGCGUCGACUCGUUCAGGCAGCACGACCUCUGACAGCUCGGUGGAGCCGCUCUCCUCUCACGAGCCCACCCUCACCACAUGCGGGUUUGUCAACAGCUGCUACUUUCCUCGUUCCACGUCUAUACAGGGGAUGCCUGAUCAUGACGGUCUCUCUCAGCUGCAGGAAGACGAGGACAAGAAACAAGCGUGGAGUGAUUUUGGAGGAAAGAUUGAUAGUGAGGUGUGGAAGGACCUGCAGGCGGCCACCGUGAACCCUGACCCCAGCCUGAAGGAGUUUGAGGGGGCUACGCUUCGCUACGCGUCGCUCAAGCUAAGGAACCGUCCAGCAGUGGAGGAGGAGGAGUCGAGCAGCGUCAACAGCGACCCUGAAGCAAAGUGUUUUGCAGUGCGCUCUCUGGGAUGGGUGGAGAUGGCCGAGGAGGACCUGGCUCCUGGAAAGAGCAGCGUCGCCGUCAACAACUGCAUCCGACAGCUGUCCUACUGCAAGAACGACAUCCGGGACACCGUGGGCAUCUGGGGCGAGGGGAAGGACAUGUACCUGCUGCUGGAGAACAACAUGUUGAACCUGGUCGACCCCAUGGACCGCAGCGUGCUUCACUCCCAGCCAAUCGCAAGCAUCCGAGUGUGGGGCGUCGGCCGGGACAACGGCAGGGACUUUGCGUACGUCGCGCGGGAUAAAAACACCAGGAUCCUGAAAUGUCAUGUGUUCCGCUGUGACACGCCAGCCAAAGCCAUCGCCACCAGCCUGCAUGAGAUCUGCUCCCGGAUAAUGACCGAGCGAAAGAAUGCCAAAGCGAUGGCAGGAGGCUCUCUGCAGGACAGGAUGCAGGCAGGACUUGAUCUUCCUCUACAAGCAGAGUUCCCCACACCAAAGACGGAGCUGGUGCAGAAGUUCCAGGUGCUCUACCUGGGGAUGCUUCCUGUGGUCAGACCAAUCGGCAUGGACAUACUGAACGGAGCGAUAGAGAAUUUAGUCGGCUCUUCCAACAGAGAGGACUGGACUCCUGUGGAUCUAAAUGUGGCCGAUGCUACUGUCACCAUCAGCAAAGAAAAGGAUGAAGAGGAAGUGCUGGUGGAGUGUCGCGUCCGUUUCCUGUCUUUCAUGGGCGUCGGGCGAGACGUGCACACGUUCGCCUUUGUCAUGGACGCGGGCGGCCAUCGCUUCGACUGUCACGUCCUCUGGUGUGAGCCCAACGCUGGGAGUGUGUCUGAAGCUGUUCAGGCAGCGUGCAUGCUGCGGUACCAGAAGUGUCUGGUGGCUCGCCCCCCCUCCCAGAAGGCCGGCGGCUCGUCUCCCCCCGGCGACUCGGUGUCCCGCCGCGUCUCGACCAGCGUGAAGCGCGGCGUCCUGUCGCUCAUCGACACCCUCAAACAGAAGAGACCCGUCACCGAGUUGCCGCAGUAACCACAGUUGAACCUUACUCAUUCCCUGCCGCAACACCCCCCCCCCCCACCACUUCGUCACCAUGGUAACUAGUCACAUCUCUUGCCAAAAACCCGUCACCAUCAUAGACCCCGGUAUCCAUGGAAACACAACAAAGUCCGCAGGGUUUGCAACUGUUCCUUCGCUUUCCUUGAGUUCAAAUUUGAGUUUCAACUUAAAUCUGCUUCUUCAAAAAAAAAAAAACGGAGGUGAAUAAUGACUCGUCAAGAAGGAAUAACCACGGAGGAACCACCAUGGUCGUCACGGUGAAGUGUACAUAGAAGUAAAGGAGUGAGGACAGGAGAGCUCAAAGUGAAGAAGAAGGAAGUGUUCCUUCAUGCCUAACCUGUUGAUCUGUUCAUGCUCUACGUUGUGUUUGUGUCCCGUGCCUGUGCUGCCAGCAUGACCUCGCACACCUGGCCCCGCCCUCCUCUCAUACAACCUGGUUGUCCUGUUAGUCUGUAGAGGCUUUAACCCCCUCCCCCCUCUCUGACCCCUCAGUGUCAUUACCCUCAAUAGACUCUAAUGUAACAAAUGAAGGGGGCGGGGCUAUGGUGGAGCCAUCAAACUGAGUGUGAGAUGAAUGAAAGAAGGACGCUGCUACAGAAUCAUUCGAUCGAACCAUCAGUCUGUGCACUCUCCCCCCGGUCCGACCCCGUUCAACUGAUCCUGCAUGAACUUUUGAUAUGAAAAAAAAAAAAAAUCUCCACUAUAUCAACACACUGCUGCUGCUGCUGCUGCUGCUGCUGCUGCUCUCAAGAGACUGAAGGGGUGACAAAUCAAAGCCACGCUGUUUUUUUUUUCUUUUUCUCAUUUGUUUUUAUUCUUCAACUGUGCACGAGCGGUGACCUUUCACCAGGAAACAUCACUUCUUAUUCUUCCUGUUUCAUGUUGUGGUGUCCUUCUUUUGUUAUCGUUUGGAAGAUGACAGACUAUAGCCAUACUGGAGGAGGAGGAGGAGACGCAGCAGGUGGACAGAGUGGAACAGGAGACAUCAGCAUGCUGCUGCUGCUGCUGCUGCUUGAUACACAUGCUGGAGGAAAUUAGACAUUUUUAUUCCUUUAGCUCCCACCUCAGCAGAGACUUUAUGAGGGGAUCGCCGACAGGAAAGGCCAGAGGGAAUCAUGCAUCGAAGAAGACUGGAAGGAAUGUGUUUUUGUACCUGGGUGUGGUGGCGAGGAUUAUUUUUUUUUUUUUUGUCCACAGCUGGGCGGCUGAACUUUUGAGGAGGCGAGGAGCAGAGAGCGCCCGCCUCCCAUCCGGCCUCGGCUGAUUUUCCCGAGAGAGAAAAAGCCAAAAGAGAGAGACAUGUUGACUCGACCCAACAGGACCGUCCUGGGCUGCUAAACAUCUCCAGGGUUCUGUUCACUUGAAUGCACCUUCAUCGUGUUUUCAUUGCCUUCUUUCUGUCUUUUCUUUUUUUUUUUUUUUUUUGUAAGACUGUUUUUCAUCUGUGCCACAAAUCACUCUCUUUGUUUCGUCUCACACAAAUCUCAAUUCCACUCUGCUAGCUUCUGAAAUCACACAUCUGACCAGCGUGGAUGUAAAGGUAGAAACUAAUGAAGUCCUUUCAAACAGUGAACACAUUACAGGAGAUCACUGCCACACAUUUAGGGUCACGACCUCAGUUUCAGUUUUACUGUUGCUAGGU